AUGCAUCCCGAAGCCGCGUUCUUUUUGGUUUUCGCCUUCCUUACACUCACUCACUCGCUCCACCUUAAUCCCCGAGAUCUCAACGCUCCUUUCUUACCCUGCUACGACUACAUCAUUGUUGGUGGCGGGGUCUCCGGUCUUGUAGUUGCGAAUCGUCUCACUGAAGAUCCCAAUGUGACGGUGUUAGUCCUGGAAGCUGGCGACCUUGAUGACUACGAAGACUUGAUUCUGUUUCCUAUCGAAGAUGGCUAUGGUCUUGGAACGAAAUACGAUUGGAAUCUCUGGACUGUUCCUCAGACAUACCUCGACGGUGCAUCACGACCGUAUGAUAUGGGGAGAGGAGUGGGUGGUGGCAGCUUGAUUAAUGGAAUGUGCUGGACUAGAGGUGGCCGAGCCGAUUAUGAUGCCUGGGCUGCUCUUGGCAACGAAGGCUGGGGUUGGGAUGAUUUGCUGCCGUACUUCAAGAAAAGUGAGAACUACACCGACAACGUGAAUGCUGAAUUCAGCCACGAGCUUUAUAUCCAACCUGACGCGGCUACACAUGGUACGGACGGCUAUGUCCAUGUCAGCUAUCCGCGAUACUUUUACAACCAAUCUCAUCUCUUCCUGGAUGGCCUGAGAGAGCUUGGCAUUCCAGUCCUGACUGACCCGAACAAUGGAACUGCUGCUGGUGGGAUGCUCAUUCCUGACAGUAUCUCUCCUGACAAUCAAACACGAUCGAGUGCCAGGCUGGGCUACUACGAUGGUUUCAUUGACAGUCGCCCGAAUUUCCACAUUGCAAGCCAACAGCACGUUACGCGAGUGCUUCUCGACCAAGAUGCUCCAGCCAAUGUCACGUCUCGAGACUAUCCACCAGGGCAAUGGAUCGGCGGUGUUGAGUUUGCAACGAAAGGAACUUUGUCCCUUCGCAAUGUUAGUUGCUCGCGGGAAGUAAUUCUUGCAGCUGGGGCAGUGCAUACACCUCAGAUCCUUGAAUUGUCAGGUAUCGGUAGUCCAGAUAUUUUAGACGACUUUAAUAUUCCAGUGGCCAUCAAUCUUCCCGGCGUAGGAAAUAACUUUCAAGACCACCCGUAUGUUGGAGUCAUUUAUUAUUAUGAUAAUGCCUCGUAUUUCAACAUCAACAUGCUCAACUUCAACCCGACCCUCUUGGAUCAGGCCGCCCGAGAGUAUUAUGUCAAUAAGACCGGUCCCUGGACAGCCGGAGCAAUCAACACUGUCGCUUUCCCCUCACUACCGUCAAUCUCCAAGAAUUGGACGGCCAUGAUGGUAGAUGCUUUGAAUCAGAAUGCUUCUCUACAUCUCCUCCCUGGUCUCGAUGGAACUAUAAUUGCAGGAUACGAGGCCCAGAAAAGAAUUCUCGUAGCAAUGUUGAGUCGUGAUGAUGUUGGAGCUUAUGAGAUAUUGAACGACAAUGUUGGACUUCUUGCAGUCGCAGCAAUGCAUACUUUCUCCCGCGGAAGUGUUCAUAUUCAAACGAGAAGCUCUUUCGACCAACCAGCCAUCGAUCCUCGGUAUUGUUCAAAUCCUCUUGACUGUCAGAUCAUAUCUGAAGGAUUACUUUUCAACAAUCGAAUUAUCAAAACUGCUUCAAUGAGAGUUUUGGAUGUUGCUCCGUACUACCCAUUCUUCCAGGACGCUACAUUGGAAACUCUGAUGCCAGCAAUUCAGAGCGGUAUCAGAACAGAGUUUCAUGGUUCUGGUACGACUUCUAUGUUGCCCCUCGAGCUUGGUGGUGUUGUCGAUACACAUCUCCGCGUAUACGGGACGAAAAAUCUAAGGGUAGUUGAUGCUGGAAUCUUCCCGUUGGUGCCUGCAGCUCAUUUACAGGCACCGGUGUACGCGGUUGCAGAGAAGGCUGCAGAUAUUAUCAAAGCUGACAAUGAGGGUUUGACUCCUCGUGGAUGCGGUAUGGACUCGUCGUUUGCGAGAUCCGGUCCACUGGUCUCCAACCAUAUCAGCUCGUUUUUGAAGCCAACUUUUUCGUCGGUCACUAGUGCCCACCCAUCAGCUUCGACGUUCCCAGAGCUUCUCGAUUCGCAGCUGGCUGUCAAUUUCACUCGUUGGAACUCUUCUUCUCAAAAGCCACCUCUCUUGGUAGCUUCUGGGGCUGCGUUUGAUCAACUUCCCUCAACUAUCAAGUCAGAUGCUAUUCUGAAUGCAGCUUCUAUCUUUCUGGCAAAUCCACCGCCGUUCUCAUCAUUUAUCAGCAUCCAGGCUUUCACUCUGCGAGAUGGAGCCAUUCCAGCAUCGACCACCACCAGUUCGGGAUUGCACAUAGCUACUGCUAGCUCCACAACCUCCAGCAGUGCCAAUGAAACCAAUACUAGGAGCUCAACCGUGGUCACUAGUAUUGUGGUUGUGACGAUGAAAGCUCGAGAUGAUGCUUGUAGCGCUACUGGCGAGUAA